UUCACAACAUUGACCCCCUUAUCUUCCUAAUGGGCCAUAUGGCAAGAAAAACGGACAUUGUUAGGCAAACCCACAUUCCAUGGUUUUAUAGAGAAAGGAAUAAGACACAAUUAGUACUAAUGUGGUGGUAUUGUAAAUGCAAGAAACUUGAAUGGAGAAAGUUUUAUAUCUGAUAUUGGGUUUAAUCUUAUUAGACACUAUAACACAAGAUGGCUGUUGUGCAUCGGAAAGGUCAUCUGAAGAUUUUAGCACCAGGGAGGGCAGAAGACUUAUGGAAGAAACAACUAGAUUCUCUAACAAGGAGUUGGAUGUUUUAUUUGUUAUUGAUCGUUCUAAGAGUAUAUCUAUAAGAGGAUGGCAAAACAUCAUCAAUUUUAUUUAUUCACUUCUUGAACAUUUUACAGUAAGCCGUCACAAUACAAGAAUUGCUGUUAUUACGUUCAGCACAAAUGCAUCAAUUGAUAUCAAUGAUUUAGAAGAUGGAAAAGAAAAUAAAUGUUCAUUAAUACAGAAAUUUAAGAAACGUCUUAGAAUUAAAAUUCCUUUUGGAUAUACAUCAACAAAUGAAGGUUUGGAGAAAGCAAUCAAAGUUUUAUACAAAUCUCGUUUUUCUGCUAAAAAGAUUGUCAUAGUUAUGACAGAUGGCAGAUCAAACCUUGGUCCACCCCCAAUCAGAGCUUCGCUAGAAAUGAGGUCUUUGCGCUGGAAUGCCUCAUGGAAUGAAAAGAAAAAUGGCCCACAGUUGGAAAUAUUUGCAUUUGGUGUUCAUGAUGUAGAUAUGAUGGAACUACAGACAAUUGCUUCACCAUUACCAAACCAUACUUUCCAUAUUCAACAUUUUUCACAGUUUCAACAAAUGGCUAAAAAUAUUCACAGAGAUGAGCAGAAAGAAACGUGGGAAUUGGUAGAUAAACCGACAUGUGAUGAAGAAUGUAGUAAAAAUGCUGUUUGUAUGUGUGCUACUAAAUCAGGACAAUAUCUGUGUGUUUGUAAUGAAGGCUAUGAAGGUGAUGGUCGGGACUGUAAAGCAUGUGAUAUAGGUUUCUAUAAAGAUUCAUCUGUACCUUAUUCUUGCUGGCCAUGUCCUGACAAUAUGACAACAUUAUAUACUGGUGCUACAGCUAGAUCUAAUUGUGUAUGUAAAUUAGGUUAUUAUAAAGAUGGCAGCAAUUGUUCUUAUAGAGUAUGUUCUGAUUUGCCUGAAAUUAGAAAUGGUAACAGAUUUCAUGUUGAUGGUCAAGUUCAUGAUGAGGUCAUACCAAGUGUUCAGCCAUGUUUAAAUACACCUGGCACAUCUUGUCAUUAUAGAUGUAAUACUGGUUAUAGACUUUCUGGACAUCCUGGACUAGUUUGUCAAGCAGAUGGUAACUGGAAUGGUAAAGUGCCAGAGUGUAAAAUUGUUGAUUGUAAGACUUUAGAAUAUCAUGAUGAAGCUGUAGAUCAUGGUAGUGUUGAAUAUGUAAAUAUUACCACAACUUAUCAAUCUGUCCUCACUACAACAUGUGAUAGAGGGUGGAGAAUUUUUGGUGACAUUAAUAGAUAUUGUACAGAAUUUGGAUUCUGGUCUGGUACUAGAGCUACAUGUGUUGAAGCAAAAUGCCCAGCCCUACAGCUUGGUCUAGGUAUGACAGUAUUUCCAAGCAAUUGUUCUUCUGUAGCUACAUAUCCAGGAACUAUUUGUCAGUUUCAGUGUCGCCAUGGUUUUAAGCUUGAAGGCCAGGGUUUUAAGACAUGUAGUUCAUCAGGUACCUGGUUAGGAUCCACAGUCGCAAAUUGUAAAGACAUUGAAUCACCAAUCAUAAAAUGUCCUGAAGAUCUCACUUUACCGGUCUCUGAAUCUAACUUUGGUGUGGUGUUCUGGAAAAAUCAGCAACCAGAAACAAAUGAUAAUUCAGGGGAAACAACUAUAAUUAUUAGUGGUGUAAAAGAGAACCCAGCUCAUAUGACAGUUGGUUAUCACUUUAUCAAAUAUACAGUAGAAGACAGAGCAGGCAAUAGAAACAGUUGUACAAGACAAAUACACAUUGUUGGUAGAACUGUAAGUGUUGAAUCUUGUCCAACCAAUGUCACUGAUCUGUCUGUGAGUGGAAUGAAAAAAACAGUAUAUUGGAAUACACCAGUAUUUGUAGAUAAUAAUGGCAGAAACGUAGCUCAUCAGUGUUCUAGAAACAGUGGUUCUACAUUUUUGAUAGGAUCAUAUAAUGUCAUAUGUAUAGUUAAACCUGAAGAAAGACUUCAUAAUCCACCUAGUUGUUCAUUCUCUAUAUUAUUACAAAGAAAGAAAUGUGAUGUUCCCCCAGCUCCAUUACAUGGUAGUGUUACAUGUAAUUCUGGUACUGAUGUACUUACGGUCUGUUCUGUAAAAUGUAACAAUGGAUAUGAUUUCUUUAACACUCCACAGAUUCACUACAAAUGUGAUCUUUCUGGAAACUGGAUAUUAAGAACUCCAGGACAGUUCUGGCCUGAUUGUUCUAGAAGUUAUCACCCUAGAAGAGCAAAGAUGAAAGGUCUUGCUGAGUUUUUCUACUAUUCAGGUAGAUGUGAGAGAAACAAAGAUAGAAUUGAGAGGCAAUUCAAGAAUUUGGUUCAGAAAUUUGCUUGGGAUAUAUGUGGUGAAAAUUCUUGUAAUAUUAGGAAUAUAACAGUGAAAUGUGGCAUGGAUUCGCGGAAAAGAAGAAGUGCUAAUAAACUAAGUACCCCAGAACAAGGUAUUGGGGAUCUUCUAAAUCCAUCCAGUCCAUUCAUUGACUUGGAUACAAGUUCUGAUGAUAAAGACAUAACAGAUUAUAAAGUUUUGGACAUAAGAGCCAGUGAUGCUGAAGAGUCCUUACAUUAUAAAAGAAAAACCGAUAUAGUUUCCAAACCUGAAAAUGAAGUAAGUGACUAUGUGACAAUGUUUACAUCACCAAGGACCAGAUCGGUAACAUCAAGCCCAAAGAUAGAUAAGCCUACGGCAAAUUUUGAGAAUGGUAUAACAUCACCUGCAGUAUUUAAAACAGACAUAGUAAAACAGAAAGAUUUCACAACUGUUUCUGAAGAUAAUAGCUUUGAAAGUGAAACAAUGAUGGGAAAUGUAGAAACCCUGAAAGAUGUAGAGAUUGGGACUACUUUAAUAGAAUCUAUUUUUACCACACCAUCAUAUUUUGAUUUGAGUAAACUUCUGAUACAAUUUGAGGUGCAAGCAGAACUAAAUUUGACUUAUAUAACACAUCAUGAUUUAGAAACAUUGGUUGAUUCUCUGUGGGAUGUUUUUGACAAUUUAAAGGUAGAAAAUAUAACAUUAGAACAGUCAGAUGGAAAUAAUAUGAUAUUGUACUCAGAGAAAAUGGAGUUUGGGGAUCCAGCCAUAGGUGAUUGUUUAGAAGGAUAUUUGACAGUUGAAUCUUCUUGGUUUAAACACUGUGUCGGAUGUCCAAGAGGAACAAGGUUAUUAAAAAAUUUGUGUGUUCCAUGUGAUAUUGGAUAUUAUCAAGAUAAAGAGGCACAGAUACAGUGUAUAUGUUGUCCUUUGAAUACUACCACUAUAAAGGUUGGUUCUACAAACAUUACAGAUUGUACAGAGCAAUGUCCACCAGGUAAGAUGUCAACUAAUGGUUAUGAACCAUGUUUGUUAUGUGAUGAGGGAUACUAUCAAGAAGACAGAGGAGAAAAGUCAUGUGACAAAUGUGCUAAUGAUACAUCUUCUUCAUUCUCUGGUGCGACGAACGUAGGUGAUUGUAUAGAUGUAUGUCCUGUUGGAACUUUUAAUAAAGUUAAUGGUUUGGUACCGUGUGAAAUGUGUCCUACUGGAAUGUAUCAACCUAAUUCUAAAUCAACCAACUGUUUAUACUGUCCAGACAACACAACAACAAUCACUACUGGUUCUAGUAAAAUUACAUACUGUUCAGAUUUUGAUCCUUGUGAAAACAUAACAGUAUUGGGUUGUGAAAAUAAUGGGACCUGUAUCAGUGUUAUGGAAGAUGAUGUUCUCUGCUCAUGUUUAUCUGGUUUUAAUGGUGAUAGAUGUGAGAUUAACAUCGAUGAUUGUUUAUCCUCUCCAUGUAGAAAUAAUGCAACAUGCAUUGAUGGAAUAAAUGACUAUUCUUGUACUUGCUCUGAAGGUUUUGAAGGAAAUGAUUGUGGAAUUAAUGUGGAUGUAUGUGUGAAUAAUACCUGUUCUAAUGGUGGAUCAUGUCUAGAUCUAGAAGUUGGGUUUGCAUGUUAUUGUUCAUCAGGAUUUACGGGACCAACAUGUGAUUUACCUAUUGACAGUUGUUUGUCUAAUUUAUGUAUGCAUGGCAACUGUAUUAGCCAGACUUCAGGGUAUUAUUGUUCAUGUCGUCAAGGAUUUGCAGGUAAACUAUGUGAUGUUAUUAUAAAGUAUACAUGUUAUCAAAUACAAUGUUACAAUGGAGGUGUAUGUCAAGUGGAUGGGGAUACAAGUAGAUGUCAUUGUUUACCAGGUUUUACAGGUAUAUUUUGUGAAAUUAACAACAAUGAAUGUAAAUCAUCUCCAUGUUUAAAUCAAGCUACAUGUAUAGAUUUAGAUAAUAGAUUUUAUUGUAAAUGUAAAAGUGGAUAUACAGGACGUUUCUGUCAAGAUGAUAUAUCUGAAGAUUUUGACCUGAUAUUUGAUGGUAAUUUGGAUGUUGGUUAUGUACGAUUACCAUCAGUAGUGAUACCUAAACUCAAGACUUUUACUGUUACAUUCUGGUUUCUUGUAUUUCAAACGGAUUUUGGUAGUUUAUUCUCCUAUAAUGUAAGAUCACAGAAUUCUCCAGAAAUUUUUGAGGAAGUAAUCAAAUUUGAAGGUGGACAGGAAUCAUAUGCUCUAUGUAUAAAUGGUGCAUGUGCUGUGAGUACAUCAUCUCUACCUGCAGGAAUUUGGAAUCAUGUUGUUAUAGACUGGUCAUCUAUACAUGGUGCUUGGCAUAUCUAUAUCAAUGGUACUAUCAGAUCAUCAGGAUUUAGACUUGCAGAAGAAAGUAUAUUGAAAUCAAAAGGAUCUUUUGUAUUGGGAAUUCAAGAAGAUUUUUAUGGUGGAACACAAAAUAUCUGGAAAUCAUAUUCUGGUGAACUCAGUAGAUUCAAUGUUUAUGAUUAUAUUCUUAAUGAAGAUGAAAUCGCCAAAGUAUCCAAUCAGACAAGUUGUUACAAUGCUAAUGGUAACAUUUUGUCAUGGACUGAUGCAUUCUCCGGAAUUUCUGGGGAGAUAACCAUUAGAAAUCAAUCCUAUUGUUUAGAUAUUGAUGAAUGUUUAUUGUAUAAUCCAUGUAAAGAUUAUGAAGUAUGUAAGAAUCAAGUGGAUAGUUAUAGUUGUGAAUGUAAAGCAGGGUUUAAAGGUAUAGAUUGUAAAGAAACAGUCAACGAAUGUAAUACUGAAACAUGUAAGAAUAAUGGUAUAUGUAGUGAUGGUAAUAGUUUAUAUGAUGUAACUUGUACAUGUCAACCAGGAUAUACAGGUCGUUAUUGUGAGUUUGAAGACAAGGAUGGUUGUAACAGUUCUUCAUGUGUAAAUGGUAAAUGUGUACAGAAGAAGGAAGGGCAUGUCUGUGAAUGCCGUGACAACUGGAGGGGAAGUAACUGUGAUAUAAUGUAUGAUUCCAGCUGUGAACUUUCUCCAUGUUUAUUUAAUUCAACCUGUGUUCCAGAUAUAAAAAGUUCUGGAAAAUACAAGUGUGUAUGUCCUAGGUUUGAUAGUAUGGUGUAUGACAAAAACUGUUUGCCAUUGUCUUGUAUUUCAUCCCCAUGUCUUAAUGGAGGUAGUUGCUAUGACAACUAUGAUGCCACCUUCACCUGUAAGUGUGUGGAUGGAUACAGUGGAGAAGUAUGUGAUGAAGUUUUAUCACCUGUUUGUACAUCAACUACAUGUUUCCAUGGUGGUACAUGUCUGGAUUAUAAUGGAACCGUAACCUGCCAUUGUGUACCAGAUUAUAUAGGACAAUGGUGUGAAAUCAAAAUUGAAAAUAAAAAUAAAAAUUAUAAAGACAGCCUAUCGGCUGUGGAUGAAAGAGUUAUUAUAUUUUGUAGCCUUGGUGUAAUUGUUAUAUUUAUAAUAGUUACAGCAUCUAUAUUAGGAUGUAAGAUGUGUAAAGAAAAACGAAAGUAUCACCCAAGAAGACUCUUAUCAGAUAAUUUAAACAACUCUCCAUCACCUAUAGGCAUAAAUGUAGUGAACAAUCCGGUAUUUAACAUGGAAGAUGAGGCUACAAGGCAAGGAACUCCUUCAGGAACUUACGAGAAUAUGUAUGCUGAGUUAGGUGAUUUUGCCUAUGCUGAUGAUAUUAUGGACAUUAAAAAUAAUCAAGCCAAGGCUAAGGAAUGUAAUCUAGAAAGGGCAACUGACAGGAAAAACUCAGAAUCAUCUUAUACUUCUGUUCGAUCUUCCAACAAAAGCCUGAAAAGGUUUGAUGCUGAUUACUUGCAGCCUAUUUUCACUAGAAAUGAAUUUGAAUAUGUUGAUGAUGUACCCAAAGACUGUAAAGUACUUUUACCCAUGAUAGGCAAGAACAUCAGAGAUGCACCAAUUCCUGUGGAUGAAUCUGAAUAUGUCCCGCCCUCGCUACCGCAAUUCCACAAAUAUCAAAAUACCACAGAAAAAUGUCAACCAAAUGUAACUGAGAAAAACCCACUGCUACUGGAUGAACAAAAAUCUAAUGAACCUCCCUAUAUUAAUACAAGUACAUGUAGCUUGAUUCCCUAUCCUUGCCUACCGUUACAGAAGUAUAUCAUUGAUCCAAAUGUAUUAGGUUCAUCAAAUCAAGGCAGGGGUGAAAUGUUGGGUUAUGUUAAUGAAAGAUUUCACCUGGAAUCAUCUGAGGUACAACUUCCAGAAUUAACUACCAGAACACAAAGAUCCAAUCUAGAUGAUGGUAAGACAAAGAAACCAUUUGAAGAUAUUUCACAUUCUGAUGAUGACAAGAAACCAAUCGAUGCAUCAUUUGAAUCUCCUACCUAUUUGUCAGUAGUUGAACCCAAACCAGGUGAACUACCAGGUACCAAGUCGAAGCAUGUUCAUAUUGAACCAUGUAAAAGAAAACUGCCCCCUUUACCAAAAAAUAGAUAAAAACGUUUGGUAUUCAAUGUAAUAUUAUUUGCUUUUGUUAUAAUGUUAUAAUGUAGAUGUGGUAUUAAACAAACAUACAU